AUGGUAGCCCAAACGAUUACUUCCACUGCCGACUACCAAGUCAUAAAGACCUUGGGCGCAGGAUCUACAGGCAAAGUCAAGCUGGCACGCCACCCGCGGACCAACCAACUCGUUGCCCUUAAAAUUAUCCGCAAGGACCUGCUCACCACCCGCCGCAACCUCUUCACCAAAGUCCGCCGUGAAAUCGCUGUCAUGAAGCUCAUCACCGGCAGCUGUCGCGCCGUCGAUCGCCAACAAUCCGCCUUCCGCACCCGCAAAGAAAUGGGAGUCUUGCAACUUGUCGAUGUGUUUGACACGGAUACCUCUUUUGUCUUGGUGCUCGAGUACUGCGAUGGCGGCGAGCUAUUUGAUCUUCUCGCUGAAAACGGCUACCUCCCUCAACCACAGGUCUUGGAUCUCUUCCAACAGCUCGUGUACGCGCUCGAGUUCUGCCACAACCGGGGUAUCUGCCACCGUGACCUCAAGCCCGAAAACGUGCUACUGACUUCAUCUGGGCAUGUCAAGCUGGGCGAUUUUGGGCUCGCCAGCCUGCUCAAGCCCGAUUCGUUUCUGGAAACAGCAUGCGGUUCACCGCAGUACUGCGCCCCCGAGGUGCUUCUUGGCGACUCCUACUCGGGUGUGAAAGCGGACAUCUGGUCUCUGGGCGUGGUACUGUACGCAAUGACGACGGGUGGGCUGCCGUUUGACGACGACAACCUGCAGAGACUAGCGACGAAGAUCAGUUCAGGGGCCUUCUACAUGCCUGCCGAAGUCCCUGCGGGGCUCGCACAGCUGUUGACGGCCAUGCUUACGGUAGACCCCGCGCAAAGAGCGACGCUGGAUGAUGUGAAGGCGUCGAACUGGUUCAAUUCGAGCGCGCCCAGGAAGAACAUAUACAAGGAGGAGGAGGGCGAGACGAUGCCCUUGUCGCGGCAUGACGACCCCGUGGACGAGCCGGACCGGGGCGUGAUGGAGUAUUUAAGAGACUUGGGGCUCGGGGACGACCCUACGAUUCGGCGGCGGCUGCGGUGUAAGCCGCGGUGCCUGGAGCGAGACUUCUAUUACGAGCUGCUGGACAUGUGUUCCGACUCGCCGGCGUUGUGGCACGGCGAGCCAGUGGCGCCGCGGCUUAAGACACAGGCAGCCAAGAGCCCGAGGCAGAUCAUCUGCGUGGCCGAUGUGGACGUUUACGUCGACGCGGUGAAGCGGCCGCUGCUGGCGCCGACACUGCCAACUGCAUGGCUCUGGAGCUUAGUAGAUGGCACGGAGGGGAAGGCCGGGAAGGGUGUUCGAAGGAGCGUCUCGACGGCCUAG